AUGCGAAACAAAAAGCAUUUGAAAGCAAAAAGAAGAAAGGGUGGAAGAGGAGGCCAGGACCCAGGCCCUCAUCCCCACAGAAGCGAAGCCACAGCUGGGAGGUCUCCUCCCACCCCAACUGCCACCCUGGGGCCCGCCGACUGCCCCCCGCCUCCCCCUCCUCCCCCCCCCAACGACCCCUCCUCCAACAACAACAACAACUGCCAGAAGGAUCAGGGCAACCCCAACAGCCAGGAGCGCCGCCGGCGUGAGAACCUCUCCCAAGAGAUCAACGACCUCCGCGAGAAGGUCAUGAGGCAGUCCGAGGAGAACAACAAGCUGCAGGACCAGGUGCAGAGGCUCACGCAGGAGAACUCCAACCUCCGCGAGCAGGUGGGGCCCAACCCCCCAGAGGAGGAAGAGGAGGAAGAGGAGGAAGAGGAAGACGACGAGGAGCUGGAGCUGUGCGGCGCGGCGGCGGCGGCUGCUGUCCCCCUGCCUCCCGAGGUGGACGAGGGCUCCGAAGACCUGCCCGAGAAGUUCGACGGCAACCCGGACAUGCUGGUCCCUUUCAUGGCGCAGUGCCAGAUCUUCAUGGAGAAGAGCAACCGGGACUUCUCCGUGGACCGCGUGCGCGUCUGCUUCGUGACCAGCAUGAUGACCGGCCGCGCGGCCCGCUGGGCCUCCGCCAAGCUCGAGCGGGCCCACUACCUGAUGCACAACUACCGCGCCUUCAUGUCCGAGAUGAAGCACGUGUUCGAGGACCCGCAGAGGCGGGAGGCCGCCAAGCGCCAGAUCCGGCGCCUGCGCCAGGGCACGGGCUCCGUGGUGGACUAUUCCAACGCGUUCCAGAUGAUCGCCCAGGACCUGGACUGGAACGAGCCCGCGCUCAUCGACCAGUACCACGAGGGCCUCAGCGAGCACAUCCAGGCGGAGCUCGCGCACCUGGAGGUGGCCCGCUCGCUGCCCGCGCUCAUCAGCCAGUGCAUCCUCAUCGAGAGGAGGCUGGCCCGGGCGGCCGCCGCGGCCCGCAAGCCGCCCACCUCCACCACCACCACCACCACCACCACCACCCGCGUGCUGGUGCUGGCCCGCACCACCCACCACCAGGUGGGCACCACCCACCAGCAGCAGCAGCAGCAGCAACAGCAGCAGCAGCAGGUGGACCCCACCGAGCCCGUGGGCGGCGCGCGCAUGCGCCUGACCCCGGAAGAGAAAGAGAGACGCCGGAAGCUCAACCUGUGCCUCUACUGUGGGAACGGAGGCCACUACGCCGACAACUGUCCUGCCAAGGCUGCCAAGGCCGCCGCCGCUGCCGCUGCCGCUGCUGCUGCUGCUGCCGCCGCCGCUGCUGCUGCUGCUACUGCUGCUUCGCCGGCGGGAAACUCCCCGGCCCCGCUGUAG